CAUUACACAACUGGUAUUUCUUCAAACUAAAAGAUAAGCUGCAUCCCAUAAUGAGCGGAGGCUUGGGUGGUGGCCGAGUGCACACAGUGUUGCUGCAGGCUGGGGCCCAGCAGGCGGAGGAGCAACAUAAACAGCGACGACAAAGUGGCAGCACAAACAUAUCAGCAGCUUACGAUGAGAACAACGAUAAUAAUGCCGACACGAAUGGAGAGGAGCAUAAUCAAAAGAGGACCAGAAGCAGAAGCAAGAGCAAGAGCUCAACGAGUUAUAGCAUUUCCGCUCGACAGAGCCCGGAACUGGAGGGACUGGAGGGACUGGAGGAACCCCCACCACAGCGACACAACAAGCUCCGGCUGACCAGCAAUCCCCUGUCCAGCUCAUUUCCGUGGCUAGUGGUGAUGCUGCUGCUCCUGCUCUGGCAGGCGAUGGCCACCCUGGCAUCGUCGUCUGCAAAUGACUCUACGAUGGGUUCAGGCCUGUCAUUCAAUGGCCAUGGCAAUGGCAAUAGCACCGAUUACGACACAACAACGGCUCUGGUGCCAGUCCUGGGCGGCGGUGGUGCCGCCAUCGAUGUAAUCGAGGAUGAGGAGGAUGCCGCAAACGCCAGUGAAUAUAUCUUCGAUCGCACCGAUGUGCGCAUCAUAUUCAUCACCCUCUACACCAUUGUCUUUUGCUGCUGCUUUUUUGGCAAUCUACUGGUCAUUUUGGUGGUCACCCUGUCGCGACGUCUGCGCUCCAUUACCAACUUCUUUUUGGCCAAUCUCGCAUUCGCAGACUUCUGUGUGGGCCUGUUCUGCGUGAUGCAGAACCUAUCCAUCUAUCUCAUUGAGAGCUGGGUCUUUGGCGAGUUCCUGUGCCGCAUGUACCAGUUUGUGCACUCCCUCAGCUACACGGCAUCGAUUUUCAUCCUGGUCGUCAUCUGUAUGGAACGCUACUUCGCCAUUGUGCAUCCCAUAACCUGCAAGCAGAUCCUGACUGCGGCACGUCUGAGGAUGGUCAUUGUCACCGUUUGGAUCACAUCGGCCGUCUACUCAACGCCCAAGUUCGUCUUCAGCAAGACCAUCAAGAACGUCCACACCCAGGACGGCCAGGAGGAGGAGAUCUGUGUGCUGGAUCGUGAGAUGUUCAACUCCAAAUUGCUGGACAUGAUUAACUUUGUGCUGCUGUAUGUCAUGCCGCUGCUGGUGAUGACGGUGCUGUACAGCAAAAUUGCCAUCGCCCUGUGGCGCAGCUCCCGAGGACUGACACCGCAUGUGGUUCAGCAGCAGCAGCAGCAGCAGCAUCAUCCUUCUGGGCAGGACAACAGCAUGGGCAUGCACAAUAGCAUGUACCACCAUCAUAAUCAUCAGCAUCACCACAUCCACGCGCAUCAUCAUCAUCAGCUGCCAUCAGCGGUGUCAGCAGCAUCGGCGGCGGGAUCGGGACCGGCUACAGGAGGCGGUGUGGGAGUGGGCCUGGCAAUGGGAAUGAGUGGCGGCGGUGGUGCGUCACUUGCUUCCGGCAGCAGUAGCACCGCGUCCUUGUCACGUAAACAGAGCAGUAAAUACGAGAAGCGCGGCGUCAGCAUCACCGAGAGCCAGCUUGAUAAUUGCCAGGUAUCCCUGGAGGCCGAUCGCCCGAUUGUCAGCGCCUGUCGCAAGACGAGCUUCUAUCACCAUCCACAUGCGCAUCACCAGCGCCAGGGCAAUGGAGGCGGCGGCGGUAGCAUGGGCAUGGCCGGCGCCACACACAUGUCGCACUCUUCGAGCAACGUCCUGCGCGCCCGCCGUGGCGUCGUCCGUAUGCUGAUAAUAUUCGUGCUGACAUUUGCCCUCUGCAAUCUGCCGUAUCAUGCUCGCAAAAUGUGGCAGUAUUGGUCACGUUCGUAUCGCGGUGAUUCCAAUUUUAAUGCGCUGCUAACGCCACUCACCUUUCUGGUCACGUACUUCAAUUCGGGCGUGAAUCCCCUGCUCUACGCCUUCCUCAGUCGCAACUUCCGCAAGGGCAUGAAGGAGCUGCUCCUCUGCUCGUGGAAGAAGGGCAAGGGCAAGUCCUCCUCGAACUCGUCGAUGCACCACAAACGCAAGGCGCUGCAGACCCACUCUCUGCCCACGGACACCACGCACAUUGGCAACGAGCAGCUCUGAUGGCCAAGCUGCUGGAAGACGCCCCUGAAGCUCUUCGGCCGCCGCUCGUAGAACUCGCCCUCAGUCACAGCCACAGCCUCAGCCUCGACCCAUCCCAGGACCGUCACCCACUUUUAGUCCGUUCAGUCCCUAGCUAGCUAUAAUUUCAUUGUGAUUUUCUAAGAAGCCUAUUGCUUGGAUUGCAUUGGCAAUUAAAAACAGGGUACAGCCCACAACGAGACCCAGACCGCAGCGUAGAUUUAAGCCAUUAUCGAGUUGUAUUAACGCUAACGUAAUUAGGCCAUUUUUAAAGCUAAACCAGAACAAACCGAAUAUCGGAUUGUCCUCGAGUACAAGUACUCGUACUCUCUCUUUCUCUCAACUUGUCAAGUUUUUAUUGUAAGGUCUUAUUUUUAACGUCAUUCAAUACGAAGAAUAAACUAUAAAACUAA